CUUUGACAUAAGUGACAUUUCAGCUGUCAAAGUUUAGUACAUUUUUGUGUGUUGGCAGCCCUGCUGUUAUGCAAAACAUAAUUUUACAGUUCCGAUUAGAAUAAACAACAAAAUGGACUGUGCUGGAGCUGCAACUGCUAGUAGAGCACAGGAUUUACCACCACCUGGGGGAUAUAAGAGAAUUAACUUCGCUCGAGUGCCUGCCAAAACCUAUUUCACUGGCUAUCAAUUUCUUGCUGGUUAUGCUGCUGUAACCACUUUUGGCUUGUAUAUGUAUUAUCUGACAACAAAAAAAGUAAAGCGAGAGGAAAUUGAAAUGCGUUCCGCACAGAAUGUUAUGUUUCCCAUACUCAUUGCAGAACGUGAUCGUGAAUAUCUUAAGCAAUUACGUCGCAAUCGUGACGAAGAGGCUAAACUGAUGGCCAAUGUACCCGGUUGGGAAGUUGGUACUUAUUAUGGUGAACCUAUUUACAAAACAGUACCAAAGGAUAAAUUAAUCACACCAAUAUUUAUGGAAUUCUAUGCUCACGCUGAAAACAGUGCAAAAAAUAAACGUGAACAUAUUAAAUUGUGGAGGUAAAUAUGUACAAUAAAAAAAAAUACUAUGGAAUCUGGUGCAGUUGUCAAUGAUUUGCUUUGAAUUGUACAAUUCUUGUAUAAGUGAAACACAAUUUAUUUGGUUAAAUAAUGCCAAUUUUGUUAAAUAAAUUAAAUUACUUAAAGUUAAAAGCGAUACUAUUAUAA